UUGAACAACUCAGUUAUUCAGCCAUGAGUUGGUUACCUACUCUUGCUUUUGCAAUUCUACUGCUGUCAGUUCAGUACGAUGAGGCGCAAAGCUGGUCAUCUGCUUCGUCGAGAAGCCCUUGGGCUAAUCCAGCCAAAGCAGGUUCAUUGAUGAAUUGUCUGAUCAACAAAAUCGCCAGCUCAAAUGUCUUGCCUCAACAAGAAAAAGAAGACUUGGAAUCCAUUAUGGACACACUGAUGUCUGCAAUAAAAGGAGCGAGUGCCAAAGGUAAAAGCUCUGCAGCGCAGUUGAAGGCGAUUAAUAUGGCAGUUGCUUCUUCCCUGGCAGAAAUAGUCGUUGCCGAAGACGUAGGCAACCAGGCCAGCAUUGCAGUAAAGACGCAGGCCCUUUCUGGAGCAUUGGAACAAUGUUUCCAAGCAGUCAUGGGCACGGUGGAUAGGAAAUUCAUCAACGAAAUAAAUGACUUGAUAAGAAUGUUUGCUAGAGAAGCAGCCAGCGAAACCAAUGAAAUACCAGACCAAGGUGCUUCAUAUGCAGCUGGUUCCUCAGUUUCAUCAUCGUUUCAAGAAACGGACCAGAACUACCAAGCCUCAUCUAGAAAUUCGGGAUCUCAAUUUUCACAAGCUGCGACAUCUCAAUACAGUGGAGGAGCAGGGUCUUCCUACAUCAGAGAAAGGCAGUUCGCUUCAAAUACAGGACAACCUAUUUUCGGACAAACUUCUACAAGUGGACAAAGUUCAUACAGUCAAGCAGGUGCCGUGCAAUCUGGACUGGUAUCAAGACUAUCCAACGCAUUAGCGAACACAUCAACAAUGAGAGCAAUUCUGUCAAGCAGUGCAUCUCGAGAAACCGUAUCUAACGUCGUACAGAAAACAGUUCAGACAUUAGCUAGUACACUGGGCAUCAACGGAAAUGAAUUAUCAAGAAUAACUUCACAAGCCAUAUCUCAAGUGCCUGCGGGUUCUGAUACUUCAACAUACGUUCGAGCUUUAUCCACCGCCUUGGUAAAUGGAGGCGUCUUGAACGAAAGCAACAUCGACAAAAUGGGAUCUCGAGUUGUGUCUGCAAUUAUAAACGGAGUAUCAAGUGCGGCACAAGGAUUUGGCAUCAAUGUAGACACCAGCAAUAUACAAAAUGAUAUUAGUUCCAGCAGUAGCUUCCUCUCUUCCAGCUCAUCGUCCAACAGUUACUCUCAGAGAGCAGCUUCUACUACCAGCGGUGCUGACACCAGCUACUCAGGAGCACAGUCCGGAUCCGUUUCAAGGCAAUCCUCUUUCGGUCAAACGGAAUCUUCAGAUUACAGUGGAUCUACAGGCUACACAGGAGCACAGUCCGGAUCCGUUUCAAGGCAAUCGUCUUUCGGUCAAACGUCAGGCUUUAGAGGAUCAGCUGGCGAACAAGGCGGUUUCGGACAACAAACUGGCUUUGGAGGACCUGCUGGCGGACCGGGCGCUUUCGGCCCCACAACUGGAGCGCCAGCCGGCCUGAUCUCCAGAGUAGCCAACGCACUUGCCAAUUCAUCAACAAUGAGAGCCGUUCUCAGAAGAGGUGUAUCCCAACAGAUAGCCUCCAACGUGGUACAGAGAACAGCUCAGACAUUGGCCAGUACUCUCGGUGUCGAUGGAAACAACCUCUCCAGAGUAGCGUUACAAGCUAUCUCUCAAGUGCCUGCGGGUUCUGACACUUCUUCUUACGCUCAAGCAUUUUCAUCUGCGUUGUUCAAUGCUGGAGUCCUCAAUGCAAGCAACGUUGACACUUUGGGAUCCCGAGUCCUGUCAGGAGUUUUGAACGGAGUAUCAAGAGCGGCACAAGACCUUGGCUUGAAUGUCGACACCAGCAACGUACAAAAUGAUAUUAGUUCAAGCAGUAGCUUCCUCUCGUCCAGCUCUUCGACCACCAGUUACUCUCAGAGAGCAGAUUCUACUACCAGUGCUGCUGCAACUCAAACAUCAGGAUCUACAAGCUACACAGGAGAACAGUUCGGAUCUGUUUCAGGACAAAGAUCUUUCGCUCAAGCAUCAGGCUAUACCGGAUCUGCUGCCGGACAACAAUCUGGCUUUGGCGGACCUGCUGGCGGACCGGGCGCUUUCGGCCCCACAACUGGAGCGCCAGCCGGCCUGAUCUCCAGAGUAGCCAACGCACUUGCCAAUUCAUCAACAAUGAGAGCCGUUCUCAGAAGAGGUGUAUCGCAACAGAUAGCCUCCAACGUGGUACAGAGAACAGCUCAGACAUUGGCCAGUACUCUCGGUGUCGAUGGAAACAACCUCUCCAGAGUAGCGUUACAAGCUAUCUCUCAAGUGCCUGCGGGUUCUGACACUUCUUCUUACGCUCAAGCAUUUUCAUCUGCGUUGUUCAAUGCUGGAGUCCUCAAUGCAAGCAACGUUGACACUUUGGGAUCCCGAGUCCUGUCAGGAGUUUUGAACGGAGUAUCAAGAGCGGCACAAGACCUUGGCUUGAAUGUCGACACCAGCAACGUACAAAAUGAUAUUAGUUCAAGCAGUAGCUUCCUCUCGUCCAGCUCUUCGACCACCAGUUACUCUCAGAGAGCAGAUUCUACUACCAGUGCUGCUGCAACUCAAACAUCAGGAUCUACAAGCUACACAGGAGAACAGUUCGGAUCUGUUUCAGGACAAAGAUCUUUCGCUCAAACAUCAGGCUAUACCGGAUCUGCUGCCGGACAACAAUCUGGCUUUGGCGGACCUGCUGGCGGACCGGGCGCUUUCGGCCCCACAACUGGAGCGCCAGCCGGCCUGAUCUCCAGAGUAGCCAACGCACUUGCCAAUUCAUCAACAAUGAGAGCCGUUCUCAGAAGAGGUGUAUCGCAACAGAUAGCCUCCAACGUGGUACAGAGAACAGCUCAGACAUUGGCCAGUACUCUCGGUGUCGAUGGAAACAACCUCUCCAGAGUAGCGUUACAAGCUAUCUCUCAAGUGCCUGCGGGUUCUGACACUUCUUCUUACGCUCAAGCAUUUUCAUCUGCGUUGUUCAAUGCUGGAGUCCUCAAUGCAAGCAACGUUGACACUUUGGGAUCCCGAGUCCUGUCAGGAGUUUUGAACGGAGUAUCAAGAGCGGCACAAGACCUUGGCUUGAAUGUCGACACCAGCAACGUACAAAAUGAUAUUAGUUCAAGCAGUAGCUUCCUCUCGUCCAGCUCUUCGACCACCAGUUACUCUCAGAGAGCAGAUUCUACUACCAGUGCUGCUGCAACUCAAACAUCAGGAUCUACAAGCUACACAGGAGAACAGUUCGGAUCUGUUUCAGGACAAAGAUCUUUCGCUCAAACAUCAGGCUAUACCGGAUCUGCUGCCGGACAACAAUCUGGCUUUGGCGGACCUGCUGGCGGACCGGGCGCUUUCGGCCCCACAACUGGAGCGCCAGCCGGCCUGAUCUCCAGAGUAGCCAACGCACUUGCCAAUUCAUCAACAAUGAGAGCCGUUCUCAGAAGAGGUGUAUCCCAACAGAUAGCCUCCAACGUGGUACAGAGAACAGCUCAGACAUUGGCCAGUACUCUCGGUGUCGAUGGAAAAAACCUCUCCAGAGUAGCGUUACAAGCUAUCUCUCAAGUGCCUGCGGGUUCUGACACUUCUUCUUACGCUCAAGCAUUUUCAUCUGCGUUGUUCAAUGCUGGAGUCCUCAAUGCAAGCAACGUUGACACUUUGGGAUCCCGAGUCCUGUCAGGAGUUUUGAACGGAGUAUCAAGAGCGGCACAAGACCUUGGCUUGAAUGUCGACACCAGCAACGUACAAAAUGAUAUUAGUUCAAGCAGUAGCUUCCUCUCGUCCAGCUCUUCGACCACCAGUUACUCUCAGAGAGCAGAUUCUACUACCAGUGCUGCUGCAACUCAAACAUCAGGAUCUACAAGCUACACAGGAGAACAGUUCGGAUCUGUUUCAGGACAAAGAUCUUUCGCUCAAACAUCAGGCUAUACCGGAUCUGCUGCCGGACAACAAUCUGGCUUUGGCGGACCUGCUGGCGGACCGGGCGCUUUCGGCCCCACAACUGGAGCGCCAGCCGGCCUGAUCUCCAGAGUAGCCAACGCACUUGCCAAUUCAUCAACAAUGAGAGCCGUUCUCAGAAGAGGUGUAUCGCAACAGAUAGCCUCCAACGUGGUACAGAGAACAGCUCAGACAUUGGCCAGUACUCUCGGUGUCGAUGGAAACAACCUCUCCAGAGUAGCGUUACAAGCUAUCUCUCAAGUGCCUGCGGGUUCUGACACUUCUUCUUACGCUCAAGCAUUUUCAUCUGCGUUGUUCAAUGCUGGAGUCCUCAAUGCAAGCAACGUUGACACUUUGGGAUCCCGAGUCCUGUCAGGAGUUUUGAACGGAGUAUCAAGAGCGGCACAAGACCUUGGCUUGAAUGUCGACACCAGCAACGUACAAAAUGAUAUUAGUUCAAGCAGUAGCUUCCUCUCGUCCAGCUCUUCGACCACCAGUUACUCUCAGAGAGCAGAUUCUACUACCAGUGCUGCUGCAACUCAAACAUCAGGAUCUACAAGCUACACAGGAGAACAGUUCGGAUCUGUUUCAGGACAAAGAUCUUUCGCUCAAACAUCAGGCUAUACCGGAUCUGCUGCCGGACAACAAUCUGGCUUUGGCGGACCUGCUGGCGGACCGGGCGCUUUCGGCCCCACAACUGGAGCGCCAGCCGGCCUGAUCUCCAGAGUAGCCAACGCACUUGCCAAUUCAUCAACAAUGAGAGCCGUUCUCAGAAGAGGUGUAUCGCAACAGAUAGCCUCCAACGUGGUACAGAGAACAGCUCAGACAUUGGCCAGUACUCUCGGUGUCGAUGGAAACAACCUCUCCAGAGUAGCGUUACAAGCUAUCUCUCAAGUGCCUGCGGGUUCUGACACUUCUUCUUACGCUCAAGCAUUUUCAUCUGCGUUGUUCAAUGCUGGAGUCCUCAAUGCAAGCAACGUUGACACUUUGGGAUCCCGAGUCCUGUCAGGAGUUUUGAACGGAGUAUCAAGAGCGGCACAAGACCUUGGCUUGAAUGUCGACACCAGCAACGUACAAAAUGAUAUUAGUUCAAGCAGUAGCUUCCUCUCGUCCAGCUCUUCGACCACCAGUUACUCUCAGAGAGCAGAUUCUACUACCAGUGCUGCUGCAACUCGCACAUCAGGAUCUACAAGCUACACAGGAGAACAGUUCGGAUCUGUUUCAGGACAAAGAUCUUUCGCUCAAACAUCAGGCUAUACCGGAUCUGCUGCCGGACAACAAUCUGGCUUUGGCGGACCUGCUGGCGGACCGGGCGCUUUCGGCCCCACAACUGGAGCGCCAGCCGGCCUGAUCUCCAGAGUAGCCAACGCACUUGCCAAUUCAUCAACAAUGAGAGCCGUUCUCAGAAGAGGUGUAUCGCAACAGAUAGCCUCCAACGUGGUACAGAGAACAGCUCAGACAUUGGCCAGUACUCUCGGUGUCGAUGGAAACAACCUCUCCAGAGUAGCGUUACAAGCUAUCUCUCAAGUGCCUGCGGGUUCUGACACUUCUUCUUACGCUCAAGCAUUUUCAUCUGCGUUGUUCAAUGCUGGAGUCCUCAAUGCAAGCAACGUUGACACUUUGGGAUCCCGAGUCCUGUCAGGAGUUUUGAACGGAGUAUCAAGAGCGGCACAAGACCUUGGCUUGAAUGUCGACACCAGCAACGUACAAAAUGAUAUUAGUUCAAGCAGUAGCUUCCUCUCGUCCAGCUCUUCGACCACCAGUUACUCUCAGAGAGCAGAUUCUACUACCAGUGCUGCUGCAACUCAAACAUCAGGAUCUACAAGCUACACAGGAGAACAGUUCGGAUCUGUUUCAGGACAAAGAUCUUUCGCUCAAACAUCAGGCUAUACCGGAUCUGCUGCCGGACAACAAUCUGGCUUUGGCGGACCUGCUGGCGGACCGGGCGCUUUCGGCCCCACAACUGGAGCGCCAGCCGGCCUGAUCUCCAGAGUAGCCAACGCACUUGCCAAUUCAUCAACAAUGAGAGCCGUUCUCAGAAGAGGUGUAUCCCAACAGAUAGCCUCCAACGUGGUACAGAGAACAGCUCAGACAUUGGCCAGUACUCUCGGUGUCGAUGGAAACAACCUCUCCAGAGUAGCGUUACAAGCUAUCUCUCAAGUGCCUGCGGGUUCUGACACUUCUUCUUACGCUCAAGCAUUUUCAUCUGCGUUGUUCAAUGCUGGAGUCCUCAAUGCAAGCAACGUUGACACUUUGGGAUCCCGAGUCCUGUCAGGAGUUUUGAACGGAGUAUCAAGAGCGGCACAAGACCUUGGCUUGAAUGUCGACACCAGCAACGUACAAAAUGAUAUUAGUUCAAGCAGUAGCUUCCUCUCGUCCAGCUCUUCGACCACCAGUUACUCUCAGAGAGCAGAUUCUACUACCAGUGCUGCUGCAACUCAAACAUCAGGAUCUACAAGCUACACAGGAGAACAGUUCGGAUCUGUUUCAGGACAAAGAUCUUUCGCUCAAACAUCAGGCUAUACCGGAUCUGCUGCCGGACAACAAUCUGGCUUUGGCGGACCUGCUGGCGGACCGGGCGCUUUCGGCCCCACAACUGGAGCGCCAGCCGGCCUGAUCUCCAGAGUAGCCAACGCACUUGCCAAUUCAUCAACAAUGAGAGCCGUUCUCAGAAGAGGUGUAUCGCAACAGAUAGCCUCCAACGUGGUACAGAGAACAGCUCAGACAUUGGCCAGUACUCUCGGUGUCGAUGGAAACAACCUCUCCAGAGUAGCGUUACAAGCUAUCUCUCAAGUGCCUGCGGGUUCUGACACUUCUUCUUACGCUCAAGCAUUUUCAUCUGCGUUGUUCAAUGCUGGAGUCCUCAAUGCAAGCAACGUUGACACUUUGGGAUCCCGAGUCCUGUCAGGAGUUUUGAACGGAGUAUCAAGAGCGGCACAAGACCUUGGCUUGAAUGUCGACACCAGCAACGUACAAAAUGAUAUUAGUUCAAGCAGUAGCUUCCUCUCGUCCAGCUCUUCGACCACCAGUUACUCUCAGAGAGCAGAUUCUACUACCAGUGCUGCUGCAACUCAAACAUCAGGAUCUACAAGCUACACAGGAGAACAGUUCGGAUCUGUUUCAGGACAAAGAUCUUUCGCUCAAACAUCAGGCUAUACCGGAUCUGCUGCCGGACAACAAUCUGGCUUUGGCGGACCUGCUGGCGGACCGGGCGCUUUCGGCCCCACAACUGGAGCGCCAGCCGGCCUGAUCUCCAGAGUAGCCAACGCACUUGCCAAUUCAUCAACAAUGAGAGCCGUUCUCAGAAGAGGUGUAUCGCAACAGAUAGCCUCCAACGUGGUACAGAGAACAGCUCAGACAUUGGCCAGUACUCUCGGUGUCGAUGGAAACAACCUCUCCAGAGUAGCGUUACAAGCUAUCUCUCAAGUGCCUGCGGGUUCUGACACUUCUUCUUACGCUCAAGCAUUUUCAUCUGCGUUGUUCAAUGCUGGAGUCCUCAAUGCAAGCAACGUUGACACUUUGGGAUCCCGAGUCCUGUCAGGAGUUUUGAACGGAGUAUCAAGAGCGGCACAAGACCUUGGCUUGAAUGUCGACACCAGCAACGUACAAAAUGAUAUUAGUUCAAGCAGUAGCUUCCUCUCGUCCAGCUCUUCGACCACCAGUUACUCUCAGAGAGCAGAUUCUACUACCAGUGCUGCUGCAACUCGCACAUCAGGAUCUACAAGCUACACAGGAGAACAGUUCGGAUCUGUUUCAGGACAAAGAUCUUUCGCUCAAACAUCAGGCUAUACCGGAUCUGCUGCCGGACAACAAUCUGGCUUUGGCGGACCUGCUGGCGGACCGGGCGCUUUCGGCCCCACAACUGGAGCGCCAGCCGGCCUGAUCUCCAGAGUAGCCAACGCACUUGCCAAUUCAUCAACAAUGAGAGCCGUUCUCAGAAGAGGUGUAUCGCAACAGAUAGCCUCCAACGUGGUACAGAGAACAGCUCAGACAUUGGCCAGUACUCUCGGUGUCGAUGGAAACAACCUCUCCAGAGUAGCGUUACAAGCUAUCUCUCAAGUGCCUGCGGGUUCUGACACUUCUUCUUACGCUCAAGCAUUUUCAUCUGCGUUGUUCAAUGCUGGAGUCCUCAAUGCAAGCAACGUUGACACUUUGGGAUCCCGAGUCCUGUCAGGAGUUUUGAACGGAGUAUCAAGAGCGGCACAAGACCUUGGCUUGAAUGUCGACACCAGCAACGUACAAAAUGAUAUUAGUUCAAGCAGUAGCUUCCUCUCGUCCAGCUCUUCGACCACCAGUUACUCUCAGAGAGCAGAUUCUACUACCAGUGCUGCUGCAACUCAAACAUCAGGAUCUACAAGCUACACAGGAGAACAGUUCGGAUCUGUUUCAGGACAAAGAUCUUUCGCUCAAACAUCAGGCUAUACCGGAUCUGCUGCCGGACAACAAUCUGGCUUUGGCGGACCUGCUGGCGGACCGGGCGCUUUCGGCCCCACAACUGGAGCGCCAGCCGGCCUGAUCUCCAGAGUAGCCAACGCACUUGCCAAUUCAUCAACAAUGAGAGCCGUUCUCAGAAGAGGUGUAUCCCAACAGAUAGCCUCCAACGUGGUACAGAGAACAGCUCAGACAUUGGCCAGUACUCUCGGUGUCGAUGGAAACAACCUCUCCAGAGUAGCGUUACAAGCUAUCUCUCAAGUGCCUGCGGGUUCUGACACUUCUUCUUACGCUCAAGCAUUUUCAUCUGCGUUGUUCAAUGCUGGAGUCCUCAAUGCAAGCAACGUUGACACUUUGGGAUCCCGAGUCCUGUCAGGAGUUUUGAACGGAGUAUCAAGAGCGGCACAAGACCUUGGCUUGAAUGUCGACACCAGCAACGUACAAAAUGAUAUUAGUUCAAGCAGUAGCUUCCUCUCGUCCAGCUCUUCGACCACCAGUUACUCUCAGAGAGCAGAUUCUACUACCAGUGCUGCUGCAACUCAAACAUCAGGAUCUACAAGCUACACAGGAGAACAGUUCGGAUCUGUUUCAGGACAAAGAUCUUUCGCUCAAGCAUCAGGCUAUACCGGAUCUGCUGCCGGACAACAAUCUGGCUUUGGCGGACCUGCUGGCGGACCGGGCGCUUUCGGCCCCACAACUGGAGCGCCAGCCGGCCUGAUCUCCAGAGUAGCCAACGCACUUGCCAAUUCAUCAACAAUGAGAGCCGUUCUCAGAAGAGGUGUAUCCCAACAGAUAGCCUCCAACGUGGUACAGAGAACAGCUCAGACAUUGGCCAGUACUCUCGGUGUCGAUGGAAACAACCUCUCCAGAGUAGCGUUACAAGCUAUCUCUCAAGUGCCUGCGGGUUCUGACACUUCUUCUUACGCUCAAGCAUUUUCAUCUGCGUUGUUCAAUGCUGGAGUCCUCAAUGCAAGCAACGUUGACACUUUGGGAUCCCGAGUCCUGUCAGGAGUUUUGAACGGAGUAUCAAGAGCGGCACAAGACCUUGGCUUGAAUGUCGACACCAGCAACGUACAAAAUGAUAUUAGUUCAAGCAGUAGCUUCCUCUCGUCCAGCUCUUCGACCACCAGUUACUCUCAGAGAGCAGAUUCUACUACCAGUGCUGCUGCAACUCGCACAUCAGGAUCUACAAGCUACACAGGAGAACAGUUCGGAUCUGUUUCAGGACAAAGAUCUUUCGCUCAAGCAUCAGGCUAUACCGGAUCUGCUGCCGGACAACAAUCUGGCUUUGGCGGACCUGCUGGCGGACCGGGCGCUUUCGGCCCCACAACUGGAGCGCCAGCCGGCCUGAUCUCCAGAGUAGCCAACGCACUUGCCAAUUCAUCAACAAUGAGAGCCGUUCUCAGAAGAGGUGUAUCCCAACAGAUAGCCUCCAACGUGGUACAGAGAACAGCUCAGACAUUGGCCGGUACUCUCGGUGUCGAUGGAAACAACCUCUCCAGAGUAGCGUUACAAGCUAUCUCUCAAGUGCCUGCGGGUUCUGACACUUCUUCUUACGCUCAAGCAUUUUCAUCUGCGUUGUUCAAUGCUGGAGUCCUCAAUGCAAGCAACGUUGACACUUUGGGAUCCCGAGUCCUGUCAGGAGUUUUGAACGGAGUAUCAAGAGCGGCACAAGACCUUGGCUUGAAUGUCGACACCAGCAACGUACAAAAUGAUAUUAGUUCAAGCAGUAGCUUCCUCUCGUCCAGCUCUUCGACCACCAGUUACUCUCAGAGAGCAGAUUCUACUACCAGUGCUGCUGCAACUCGCACAUCAGGAUCUACAAGCUACACAGGAGAACAGUUCGGAUCUGUUUCAGGACAAAGAUCUUUCGCUCAAACAUCAGGCUAUACCGGAUCUGCUGCCGGACAACAAUCUGGCUUUGGCGGACCUGCUGGCGGACCGGGCGCUUUCGGCCCCACAACUGGAGCGCCAGCCGGCCUGAUCUCCAGAGUAGCCAACGCACUUGCCAAUUCAUCAACAAUGAGAGCCGUUCUCAGAAGAGGUGUAUCCCAACAGAUAGCCUCCAACGUGGUACAGAGAACAGCUCAGACAUUGGCCAGUACUCUCGGUGUCGAUGGAAAUAACCUCUCCAGAGUAGCGUUACAAGCUAUCUCUCAAGUGCCUGCGGGUUCUGACACUUCUUCUUACGCUCAAGCAUUUUCAUCUGCGUUGUUCAAUGCUGGAGUCCUCAAUGCAAGCAACGUUGAUACUUUGGGAUCCCGAGUCCUGUCAGGAGUUUUGAACGGAGUAUCAAGAGCGGCACAAGACCUUGGCUUGAAUGUCGACACCAGCAACGUACAAAAUGAUAUUAGUUCAAGCAGUAGCUUCCUCUCGUCCAGCUCUUCGACCACCAGUUACUCUCAGAGAGCAGAUUCUACUACCAGUUCUGCUGCAACUCGCACAUCAGGAUCUACAAGCUACACAGGAGAACAGUUCGGAUCUGUUUCAGGGCAAAGUUCUUUCGCUCAAACAUCAGGCUAUACCGGAUCUGUUGCUGGACAAGGCGGUUUCGGACAACAAUCUGGCUUUGGCGGACUGGGCGCUUUCGGCCCCACAAUUGGAUCUGGACCAAGUGGCGCGCCGUCUCAGCUUACCUCCGGUGCUCAACAAUCGGCUGGUGUGUCUGUCAUAUCUGCUCUUAAUUCACCUGUUGGAUUAAGAUCCGGUUCCGCUGCUACUAGAAUUAGUCAACUAGCAUCAUCUCUAACAAAUGCUAUCGGCCCCAAUGGCGUUGAUGCUAACGUUCUUGCUCGUAGUCUUCAAUCGAGUUUCUCGAAUCUCAGAAGCUCCGGCAUGCCUUCAAGCGAUGCUAAAAUUGAAGUUUUAUUAGAAAGCAUUGUUGGUCUGCUUCAACUUUUGAGCAACACUCAAAUUCGAGGAGUGAACCCGGCAACGGCGUCUUCUGUCGCCAAUUCUGCUGCCAGGUCAUUUGAAUUAAUGUUAGCUUAAACGUUUUUGGAUUUUGUUCCUGGAGGAAAAUGUUAUAUUUUGGAAUAAAACAUGUAAUUGAAUUUUCAUAUUAAG